UUUUUAAUUGGAAUAAAAACAAGGCAUGCAGUACUGUCUAGAGAAAUUACAAUUCAACUUCUAUGAAAAUAAGGGAAUGUUGAAUGAGAAAAACCUCUUCCCUGAGUUUCUUGGUUUAUGGCACGGGAGCUACAAGCUGUUACUGGUCCACAAAUCUGACGGCUCAGUUAGUGGAAGCAUUUGUAAAGAAUUUCAAGCGUCUCGUCUCGCAAGGUGGACUGUUUCUUGCCUUGGCUUCUGGGUUCGGAAUUCAUGGUCAUAUGCUGAAAAGAACCAUCUUGUCCAGAAGCCCUACUUCCACCCUCCUCAACUUCUCUACCUCAUCAUCAUCUGCGAACCCACCCUAUAAUAUCACUACCUGCAUUAUUGCUUCUCUUCAACAAUGUGCUAUUGGCAAGAACCUCAAAAAGGGUCAACAACUUCAUGCUCAAUUGCUCAUCACCGGCCUUUCCUCCUCCUCACCCUCAUCCACCACGAGUCUCAUCAACAUGUAUGCUAAAUGCAACCAAAUGAACCAGGCCCUUUUAGUUCUUAACCGCACCGCUGAUUAUGCCCGUAAUGUUUUUGCAUAUAAUGCAUUGAUUUCCGGGUUUGUUUUAAAUGGGCUGCCACAAGAUGGGUUGGGAGUUUAUGAGGAAAUGAGACAGGCGGGGGUUUUGCCGGAUAAGUAUACGUUUCCGUGUUUAAUUAAAGGGUUAUGUGAGGUUAUGGAGGUUUUCCAAGUGAAAAAGAUUCAUGGGUUGGUGCUUAAACUUGGUUUGGACUUGGACAUGUAUGUGGGUAGUUCUUUGGUUAGUAGUUACUUGAAGUCUGAGUUAAUGAAAGAGGCACGUGAGUUGUUCGAUGAAAUUCCUGACAGGGAUGUUGUAUUAUGGAGUUCGAUGGUUAAUGGGUAUGCACAGAUUGGUCGGUUCGAUGAGGCGUUAGGAGUUUGCAGGGAAAUGAGUCAAGAAGGGGUUUUGAUGAGUAAGUUUACCGUUAGUGGGAUUUUGUCGGUUUUUGCUGUAAGGGGGGAUUUCGAUAAUGGAAGGCUGGUUCAUGGGUUCAUGAUAAAAAUGGGGUUUGAUUCUUGCGUUUCAGUUUGCAAUGCAUUGAUUGAUAUGUAUGGGAAGUGUAGGUGUGUUGUUGAUGCAUUAGAAAUUUUUGAGACGAUGAACGAGAAGGAUAUAUUUUCGUGGAAUUCAAUUUUAUCUGCUAACGAGCUUUGUAGUGAUCAUGAUGGAACGUUGAGGUUGUUUGAUAGAAUGUUACGUGAUGGGGUUCAGCUUGAUUUAGUUACAAUUACUACCAUUCUUCCUGCGUGCUCUCAUCUUGCUGCCCUGGUUCGAGGUAGAGAGAUUCAUGGCUACAUGAUUGUUAAUGGGUUUGUCAAGGAUGGUGAGAGUGAAAAUACGUAUAGUUUGCAAACUAUUAAUGCUCUUAUGGACAUGUAUGCUAAAUGCGGGAGUAUGAGAGAUGCUGGAAUGGUUUUUUAUAACAUGAGGAAUAGGGACACAGCAUCAUGGAAUAUAAUGAUCACGGGAUAUGGUAUGCAUGGUUAUGGAAAUGAGGCAUUAGAUAUAUUUUCAGGCAUGUGCAAGUCCGGGCUUAAACCCAAUGAGAUCACAUUUGUGGGAGUUUUGUUAGCUUGCAGUCAUGCAGGUUUUAUAAGCCAAGGGAUUAAAUUCCUUGGGGAAAUGGAGCUGAAACAUGGUGUGGUUCCAACCAUUCAGCAUUAUACUUGCGUUAUUGACAUGCUUGGGCGAGCUGGGCAGCUUGAGGAAGCGUAUAAGUUGGCUGUAACAAUUCCUAUUCAGACCAAUCCAGUUGUAUGGAGGGCUUUGUUGGCAGCAUGUCAGCUCUAUGGUAACGUUGAUCUAGCUGAGGUAGCUGCACAAAAAGUAUUUGAGCUCAAUCCUGCACACUGCGGCAAUUAUGUAUUGAUGUCAAAUGCUUAUGUGGCAGCUGGUCGAUAUCAGGAAGUGUUAGACAUUAGACAUACAAUGAGGCAACAAGAUGUGAAGAAGACACCAGGAUGUAGCUGGAUUGAACUCAAGAAUGGCAUGAAUACUUUUAUUAAUGGUGACCGGAACCAUCCUGAAGCCAGGUUGAUUUAUCCAGAAUUGCACUUAUUGGCUGCCCACAUUCGUGAGCAUGGAUAUGUUCCACUUCUCUAGGAUUGGGAAUGUGCUGAAUGGCUGUCAUCACACCUUGUAUAAUAUAUUUUUUUGGAAUUCUUUUUUCUCCACGAUUGAUGGGAAAGCAAACAAACUUACUUUCUUGAUCAGAAGAUGGAGUGAAUAAAUUUUGGCUCUCAUUCUAACGU